CACACCUCGAACAACGGCAUCGAUUAGUCAAGACGAAUAGACAAGAUGCGUCCCUGCACUGUUCUCUUCCUCCCCAUAUUCACCUCCCUAUCCGCCGCAACCACAACCACAACCUCAUCCGUAUCCCCGUCCCCAACUUUAGUACCCGACGAACCGGUCAUCUUCGACGCAAAAUUUUUCACCGCCAAUGCCAACUGCAACUGGACCACCGGUGGCGUUAGAGUGUUCAUUUAUGGCUGGGGCUCGUGCCAGAACAUCGCGGUCCCGGGUACGGGGUCGGCGCUCUUGUCCUGGAAUCAGUGGCCGAAUAACCUCACCUUGACGGGAUGGACCGAGACAAACUGCAAAGGCAGGGCGGUGCCUUUCGGGUCUACGAUUAGGCGUUGUGUGCCGCUGAACGGGACGGCUAUUGCGAGUUGGUCCGAUUAUUUGGUUAACUAGGGGCCGGUGUAUGGAGUGGGAUAUGGCAUAUGGCAUAUGGGAUCCAGGAGAUAGGGGUUCUUUGGAUACGUGAUCUGAGCGCGAGUCACAGUACAGCUUAGUGACAAACACGUACAGAAACGCAUAGAACACCAACCCAUGACUAUGGCAACGCGUACCGUGUCACCUAUACAACUAUCGCGCCCACAGUGGCUAAUGCCCACUGUCAAGCCCAGGCAACAGUUUGCCCGACUCUCGUACC